UGACAUUCUCAUAAAAGGUAUCCGAGGAGCGUGUCAUAAAGGCCCAAUAAAUUACGAACCAACCCGGCUUUUUAUCAUGGCCGCGCUGAGCGCUAAACCCUUGGAGAGCAAAAUCGCCCCGAGCUUGUUGGCCUGUGAUUUAUCGGACAUGGCGGGCGAGGCCGCCCGCGUCACGGUCGGUGUGGAAAUCAAGUUUGCUCGAUGGCGUCGAGGUUGGCGAUUUUCAGGCUCACUGGCUGAUUUCCACACAGGUCAUGGACGCCGGGGCCGACGCGCUGCACAUCGACGUCAUGGACGGCCACUUCGUCCCAAAUUUGUCGUGGGGCCCGCCGGUGAUCAAGAAGCUGCGGCAGCGAAGCGACGCAUUUUUCGACGUCCACCUUAUGGUCUCGGACCCGCUCGCGUACGUCGGCCCCAUGGCCGACGCCGGCGCCGACGGCUUUACGUUCCACGUCGAGGCCGCGACGGACCCGUGCGACGUGGUCGACGCCGUGCGCGCUGCGUCGCGUCCCAUGGUCGUCGGCGUCGCGCUACGGCCCGACACCCCCGUGGAGGCCCUAGAUGCGUUGUGGCGCGACGGCGCGUUCCUGCCCGACCUCGUGCUGGUCAUGACGGUCCCGCCCGGCUUCGGCGGCCAGGCGUUCAUGGCCGACCAGAUGCCAAAGGUGGAAGCGCUCCGGCGGAGGUUCCCCACCAUGGACAUCCAAGUCGACGGCGGGCUGAACCUCGCCACCGUCGAGGUCGCCGCGCGCGCGGGCGCCAACUGCAUUGUAGCCGGCUCGGCGGUGUUCAAAUCAGACCGCCCCGCGGAAGUCAUAUCGGCGCUCCGCGAUGGCGUCGAGACCCUGGCGCUCCACAAGCCCGCGAGGAAGCGCGGCGGCAUGGUGUCGUCCUGGCGGCCGCGCGCGGAAUCGUUCGAACACCCACCCUAGUCACGGCGGGCUCCACCAGUGCGGCGCAGAACUGUGGUAGAAGCUGUGGUAUAAAUAAGAUAGGUAUACUUCUAAGGGAUAUUAAGUACUACAAGUGCCG